AGGGAUUUGUUUUGCUUUUAUCCCCUUCGAAACUGAUCAGCUUUUGUGCCCAGUUGCUGUAGAAGAACGUGGUCUACUUCUGAAAACACCUUAUCCUUUUUUAUCACAUUGGCUACGUACUAUACGGCAAACUUUGCUAUUUGACUUUUGCUUUUGUCUAAAGUUGGUGUAAGAUUAAGGUAAGUCCAAACCAAGUGAAGGAACAUGAGCAGCCGCUGGUGUUUGUCCCGAGCCUUGGCAGGUGUGUGGUCCCUAGCAUUGGGAUAUGGUUACGAUCACUGGAGUCAACUUGAAGACGGAGAAAAUUAGCACUGCUUGGCGAUAUAUAAUUGAAAAUGGCUUUACCUGUUAAUAUCCCGCAUGCUGGUGAAACUAUAGAAUCAGCUCUCAAAAAUCAAAUAGUUCCUGAUCAAGAAUUUCUACUUCAGGGUUCAGUGUUAGACACAUCACUGCCUGUUGUUAUUGAUCGUCUCCGUGGACUGUGUGACAAUGCAGACAUACCUCCAGAAACCUUCCAUGAUCAUGAAGUGGUUUAUAUUCUUAAAGACUUUAAUGCUCCAGCAACUCCUGGACCUGCAGGACAAGGUGUCAUGUUGCGAGUAAGACGUGCAGUGGAUCAUCCUGAGCUUCCUUACCAACUUCGAUAUGUUGGAUAUCCUGAAAUUGGGAAUUACCCAGCUGUGUUACGUAACUGUUUGGAUGUUCCUGUCAGUAGCAAUGUUUGUGAAUUUCUCCAAGAACUAGGAGCAAAGCUUGAUCAUGAAUUUAUGGCCAAGGGAUACAUUAUGAAGAAGGGAAGAAUAAAAGUAACAAUUUUUAAAAUGUACAAGAUUGGUGCAGGAAUGUCAAAGGAUAACCUUGAAGCAAUGACAAUGUCACAUUUAGUGGAACUUAGUGUACUUACCACCAAGACAGAUAUGACAGUUGCUGAAGACCUCCGUAAUCUGGCUGAUCAGCUCAAACCUCUUGUUCAGCUAGAGAGAUUGGAUUAUAGGAGAUUGGGACCACCAUGAUAGAAUUUCAUAAGAAAAUUUUUGAUGAAAAGGUAAAUUUGAAAAGCUUGUCCAAAUUAUUUCAUGGAAGAAUUCUUAAAUUACCAUCAAUGUGCAAACCUGUAUUUCUUGUAUCUGAAAGUUUUAUUGAUAGACAUUGAAGGUUAUAUAAGUAUAAAAGAGCUGCUCCAAGGUAAUGAAAGAUUCAUUAACAUUACAAUAAACAAAUAAAAUACCACUAUAUAGAAA